GCUUCAACUACAUUUUUCCAAAUAAAAAACUGAAAAGCGCAUGCGUGAAAUUUUUAGUUAAAUUUUCAACAUGGUGGAACGCAGGAAAAACAGAAAGCGCAAAGACGAUGGAACUAAUCCAGAGUCAACCGUACCGGAAAAAGCAUCGAAGGAAGAAUACGCAGUGGCAAAAUGGAUACGCAACAAUGUACCAUCGAAAAAAACAAAAUUCGACAGAGAUCAUAUCGUCGAAUAUUUCACUGGUGCACGCGCCGUUGAUGCAUUACUCGACAAUUCACCAUGGAGUAAAACAUUAUUUGAAAAUCGUCAGCAAGUCGUUGAUUUUCUCGAUUUAAUGUUGCGACAUAAAUUUUUCCAUCGUGCGAAAAAAGUUGUCAUCACUGAGGAUGAAUUAUGUAAAAUUCGUGGCAUUAAGAAAAAAUCGAAAGAAAUAAAGGAGGAGAAAAAAGUGUCCGAUAAAGAGAAGGAAAAGGAGAAGGAGAAAGAGAAGGAGAAGGAGAAGGAAAAAGAGAAGGAGAAGGAUAAAGAAAAGGAGAAGGAAAAAGAUUCAGAGAAGGAGAAAACGAAGGAAACUGAUAAGGACGAAACUAAGGAUGUUGAUGAAAAGCCCGAGGAGAAGAAAAAGAAACCGAAGGUUCGUUUGGAAAUGCACAUGAAUCAGUAUUUUGCUGACUGUUGUGACGCCUAUGUUUGGAUUUAUGAGCCAAUACCAGUUUAUUAUUGGUUCUUUGGUACACUAUUGGUACUUGGUGCAAUUGGCGUUUGUCUAUUUCCACUGUGGCCAUUGACAGUGCGCCAUGGUGUUUGGUACUUGAGUAUAGCGGCUGCUGGAUUUUUGGUAUUUAUUUUGGCACUAAUGGUGCUACGUAUUCUGGUCUUUUGUCUUCUUUGGGUAAUUACAUUUGGCAGGCAUCAUCUUUGGCUGUUGCCAAAUCUCGUUGAGGACGUUGGCUUCUUUGCCUCGUUCUGGCCAUUGUAUCAGUAUGAAUACUGCGGUCCCGCGGGGUCAGACAAGAAAUCUUAUAAAAAGAAAAAAAAGAAGAAAGACAAGGAUUCUGAUAGUGAGGAUGCUCCUUUAACGCAAGCAGAUGAAAAAUCAGAAUCUUCCGAUUCUCCAAAGGAAGUGGAAUUAACGCAACAAGAGGCAAAUAUGGACGAGGGCACUCAGGGAAUUGAAUUGCAAGCGAGCCAAGAAAAUAGUGAAGAAGGUUCCGAGAGUGAUAAAUCCAAUACAGGCGGUGACUUCGAAAUGCUUUGAGAUUAGUGCCUAAUUGAUUAAAUUUUAGUUUCUUUAUAAUGAUUUUUUUCUCUCAAUUUUUCUUUGAGAUUCUUGUUUCUUCUCAAAUUAUUAUUAUUAUUUAUCUCUUCUUAUUACAAAAAAUAGCCCAAAUGCCAAUUAACGCCAAUAAGUCCGAGAAGCGAACAACAAAUCUUAAGAAACGCAUAAGUAUAUAUUUUUUAUCGAGUCGUUUUUUUUUAUUCUCUCGUUCUUUUUGACAGACAUUGUAUGUUUUUUUUUUUUUUUUUUUUUGAAGACGUGUUGUUUUUUGUACAACUUGUAAUUUUUUUUUAUCUUGUUAGAUCUUACAUAAAUUGUGGAGGGGGGGAUGAAAAGCGUGACAGGAUAGUUCGAAAGUACGAUGUACAAUUUAAAAAAAAAAAAAUUAUCUACGGCCGUCGUAAUUAGGGAAUAAAAUCUAUUUUUCCGUCCGUUUCCUUUAUAUUUGAAAACAAACGGAUCUUGAUUUUUGAAUAUAUUUUUUUUUGAUUUCGAAAUUGAUUUUAUUUUAAUUUUUCUUUUUUUGGGAAAAAAAUACAUUUUGAUUUUUUUACUAUAAUUGUACUGUAAUUGUACCAGUGAUGAUUAACAAAUUAUGAAAAAACCAAUAGAAAGUUUUUCUUUCCUUUUUUUUACUUUUGCAUAUAAUUGCAAAUAUUUUUUAACGAUAAACAAUAAUUAAUUUAUGAUGACGGUUUUUAUCCAUAAAUUCAUCGAAGAAGAUAAAUCUUUAUUUCGAAUACAAAAAGAAAAAAAAAUAUAUAUAUUAUGUCUUCUUUGAUGAAUAAUUGGACAACGACGGCCAGAGAUUUUUUUUUAUUAUAGUAAAUAACACAUUUAGUGAAAUAGUUUUUUGUUUAUUUAUAUUUUUACUGCGAAAAGAAAAAGGACAAUUUUUAUCUUAAAUGCAAAGAUUGUCGCAUAAACUCCAAAAUAAAAAUAAAAAAAAAACACUUACAUUGAUUCAUAUACAGUGUAAUAAAAAAUAUGUACAAAAUAAAAA